AUGAGGCUUUCCCUGGUCUUGGUUUGGAUUCUUUUCCCAGGCUGCUGGGCGGUGACGGGCCCUGGGUCAGUGCACGGGCUCCCGGGCGGGUCGGUGGCUGUGCGGUGCCAGUAUGAGAGAGGCUACGAGGAUUACUUGAAAUUCUGGUGCAGAGCAGGAACUGUGUGGUGUUCCAGUGGUCACAUCGUUGAGACCAAUGGGUCAGAGGCCAAGGUGAAGUGGGGCAGAGUCUCCAUCCAAGACAAUCACACCCAGCGCGUGUUCACUGUGACCGUGAAGAACCUGACACUCGCAGACACCGGCACGUACCAGUGCGGGGUACACAGGACUUUGCUUCCUGAUCUCAGGGACACUGUGAACGUCACCGUCUCCCCAGGUAAAUCCCUGCUGUGCUCCCCCAUGGUAAUGGCAGGAGUAUAG